GUGAUAUAAGAAGAAGCUUGGGCUACGACGAGGGGGGUGGUGGACGGGCGCUUAGGGUUGUUGUCGCUUUUUGUUGGGGAUGUCCGCGAGUUAGAUUUUAGGGUUUUGAUUGAGCUCCGCUCGCCGCAUUUGCUUUCUUGUUCCGGGUUUGUAGCGACGCUGAUGUAGAUUUGGGUAUUGGGAGCGAGAGGGAGGACCCGAGGUGGUUUCCUGGCUCGAUCUGGAGGCGUGGAAAUGAAAUGUCGGUUCUUGGAGGGGAAGUUGGUUGCUUUUCUUGUUGAUUUUUCUGUCUUUUAGCUUUUGUGGGUGAUUUAGUAAAGAGAUUGAGGAAUAAAAGGUCGGGGAGAAGUUGCUUGGUUUGAGGAUCUCUUGCAUUUUAUUUGGAGGUGGAUUAGAUGGGGAAUAAGAUAGGGAGGAGGAGGCAGGUGGUGGAUGACAAGUACACGAGGCCGCAGGGACUGUACCAGCACCCGGACAUUGAUCAGAAGAAGUUGAGGAAGCUCAUUCUCGAGUCCAAGUUGGCGCCUUGCUACCCUGGAAGCGAGGAACGCGCCAUUGAUCUUGAAGACUGUCCCAUCUGUUUUCUGUAUUAUCCGGGUCUUAACCGGUCGAGGUGCUGCAUGAAAGGCAUAUGCACGGAGUGUUUCCUUCAGAUGAAACCACCAGAUGCAACUCGUCCUACACAGUGCCCCUUUUGUAAAACUUCAAAUUACGCUGUUGAAUACCGAGGUGUGAAGACAAAAGAGGAGAAGAGCAUGGAAGAAGUCGAAGAGCAGAAAGUCAUCGAAGCACAAAUAAGGAUUCGGCAGCAAGAAAUUCAAGAUGAAGCAAAAAAGCUGAAGAAAAUACAAGAUAUAAGUUCAUCAAGCAGAAUAAUGAAUCCAGUAGAAGUGGAGUAUUGUGACAUAGGUAGCUCUUCAAUUUCAGUGCCACCUUUAAGAUGCACUACACAAACCAACGAUUUUGUUUCAUCUCAAGCCUCAUGCUCUAUGCCAUCAGGCGUGCUUCCUUCACACUCCAGACAGAACAGGGCUGAUAAUUUGGACCUGGAUCUUGAUGACAUAAUGGUUAUGGAAGCAGUCUGGCUCUCAAUUCAGGAACAUGGUCAUCAAGGAUAUCCAGCUUAUCUUGGCAGCUUUUUGCCAGGGCCAUCCUUUUCAGAGGAAUGCUACAAUUCCCAUGGAAUAGCUCCUCCAGAAGUAUCUCCCUAUGGGGGGUUAGCUUGUGCAGCUGCAGCUUUAGCUGAGCGCCAGCAUAUCAGUGUUGAGUCUGCUGCUAAUAUGGCCGGUGGUGCUACCUCAGUAUUCGACAUGGUUCAUCGGUCAGGUAGCUUACCUGCUGGAAAUGUGAGUUUUGCUCAGAACAAUCAUUUAGGGAGUUGGACUGCGAUACCACCAGAUAGUGGGAGGGAAAUAUUGAGGGAACAGUUUGGUGAGUGUUCAACCGAUCAUUGGUCAGACAUGGCUGAGGCAGGGACCAGCUACACUGGCUCCAAUGUCAUGAUAGAUCCAGGAACUGCCGCAAUUCCAUUUCCCAACAGUGCUAUCGUGGCUCCGGGGCAUUUUGUUCCAGAUAGCUUCGAAGAGCAAAUGAUGCUGGCCAUGUCUGUUUCACUGGCGGACUCUCAAGGAAGGAUGACUCCCCAUGGACUUGCGUGGCUGUAGUGAUGGUGAUUGGAUGAAAGAAAUCGCUUCCUUUUCCAUUCGUUUUUUCUUUAAUCUUUUUCUCCUUUUUAUCUAUUGGUUCUAUUGUUCUUUCAUUGUUAGUUUGUUUCCAAUAUACAUGAGUAUGAAGAAAAUGGAAAAAGAAAGAUAAGGGAAAGAAAUUUGUAUGUCAA